GUUAUUUCGCCUUCAACGACCUCCAAAGCAGUCAACUCGUCGAGGAACUUAAAGGCAAAAUGAAGCUCAAUACCCACGCUAUGCGUUACCUCACGAACGAGGACUUCCGCGUCCUCACCGCCGUCGAAAUGGGAUCGAAGAACCACGAGGUCGUGCCUACACCUUUGAUUACACAGAUUGCGGGUCUGAGAGGUGGAGCAGGUGUCGCUAGGAUGAUUUCUACACUCGCGAAAACGAACUUGAUCGCCAAAGUCCCCAACGCGAAAUACGAUGGAUACAGACUGACAUAUGGUGGCUACGAUUAUUUGGCCAUGAAGGCAUUCUCGAAGAAGGGAGCGAUUUACAGUACCGGAAACCAAAUCGGUGUCGGGAAGGAGUCAGAUGUUUACGUCGUCGCCUCAGAGACAGGCGAACAACGAAUUCUCAAACUCCAUCGCCUGGGCCGAAUUUCCUUCCGCACAAUCAAGCAAAAUCGCGACUACAUGCAGAAUCGAAAGAGUGCGUCAUGGAUGUACAUGUCCCGUCUAUCUGCGGAGAAGGAGUAUACCUUCAUGAAGAUCCUAUACGAAAACAACUUCCCGGUACCGAAACCGAUUGAGCAGAAUAGGCAUUGUAUCGUGAUGGAGUUGAUUGAUGCUUUCCCUCUAAGGGGUAUCGAGGUCGUUGAGGAUCCAGAGAAGUUGUAUUCGGAUCUCAUGGCGCUCAUCGUGAGACUCGGCCGCGCGGGCCUAAUCCACGGCGACUACAACGAGUUCAACAUCCUCGUCUACCCCUCCGGCCAACCCAUUCUCAUUGAUUUCCCACAAAUGCUCUCAAUCGACCACCAGAAUGCGGAGGAGUACUUCGAUCGCGACGUCGAUUGUAUCAUUACGUUUUUUGAGCGCAAGUUUGGAUAUGUGGGUGGUGAGAGACCGGAUUUUGAGAAGGAUGUUAGGGAGAAGAGGAGUGGGGAUUUGGAUGUACAGGUUGCGGCGAGUGGGUUUACGAAGAAGAAGUGGAGAGAGCUGGACGCUUACCGCGCGGAGUUCUUGAGUGACAGCGACAGCGAAGAUGACUCGGAGGAAGACUCGGAGGAGGAAUCGGAUGAGGAGGAAUCCGGAUCCGAGCAAGAGGAGGAAGGAUCAGCACAAGAGUCCGAGGAGGAGGAGGACGAAAACAAAGAAAAGAGCGCGGAGCAGGAUUCAGAUUUCGAGGACGACCUCAGCGCAUCCGAGCUCGACUUCAAGAAGGCAACACUAUCAUAACCUUCCCCUACAUAACCAAAGCAAAUUACAAGAUCAAGAUCAUUCAUUGCC